AUGUCCCUCCUCCACUUCCUCGUCGCCGCCGCCCUUACCCUCUCCUCCGCCCUCCUCUGCCUUCCCAUCGGCGACGGCCCGCAAACUACACUGCUCAACCUACUGCUCGUCACCACCUUCCUGUACUUGUUCGGCAAGCUCCUCGAAGUCGCUGACUACGGUUCGUGCGGCGCCCGCCGCUGCAUCUGGAGCUGGAGGAGAUGGACCCGUGGUGGUUCUUGGAGCAGAAGUGUGUUAUUUUGCCCGGGAUUGGGACUGAAGACGAGGGCGAGGGGGAAGACGGACUGGCGGACGUCCGGUGCUGGCCGGCGGGCGUUGUCGGGCUUCCUAAAGCGGCAAGAUGAAGGAGCUGGAUAG